AUGCAAGCUGAUCAAGUCUUGGGUAAAUGGAUUCCCAAAUCAGAGAUCCAGGCGACGCGUUGUAAGUGUUUGGUAUGGUGCACCAGCACAUUACGCGCUAUUGAGGCUUCCAAUCAGUCGACCAAGGUGGAGGAAGCUCUGGAGUUUUUGGACAAUGUGAUUGAAGACACCACCAAUGUCUACCAAGGUCAACUCUUGAUGGAUAUGGAUAUGGCGAAUACCAAGGAUAUUGACGAUGGACAAACGGUCAUGGGAAUGCUGGAUGAAAUGCACAAACGUGAACAACAACUGGAGGAUGCCUUUGUGGAAAUCAAAGCUUGUGACAACGCCUAG